AUGACGAUGCAGAAAGGAGAGCCGAAAGCGCCGCUCGUGCCGGGAGGCGGGCCGAGGCAUCUCAAGCUCUUCAUGCACCCUCCGAGCAUACCCACCAAGUUCCAGACGUUCCACUUUGACGACCGAGAGCCCAAGGGAUUCAACUCGACGGCGCCUCGCUUUGAUCUCAACCCGAAUGAGCUGCCGGGACCUGGAUACUACCAGAAGCCAAGCAGAAUCGCUUUGAUCGACGAAGCGUCGAUAUCCAAGAAGGGCUUUGGAGUCGGGUUCGCGUCAAAGCUCCGACGCUUUCGGAAGCCUCCGACCGAGCUCGAGUUUCUGCCCGUCGCUCCUGGGCAAUACAACGUCUCGGGUCAUUCUCGGUACAGCCAUUCGCUCUCAUCAUCCAAGACAUCAAGCUUUGCAAAGCCUGUUGCCGCGCCGGCCCCAAAGCGACGGGCGCUGCCGGGACCAGGCCAAUACGAUGCUGCCCCUCCAACUAAAUCCGGCCAUGUUGCUGAGUCUGGGGCUGUAUUUGUGUUCAAAAGCAAAACGAGGCGGUCCGAGAUCAACUGCCCAGAGGCCACACCCGGAUGGGAUGCCCCACCGCCAGGUGCCUACGAGGUUCGGGACAUUACGCAUCGCUCAGGCGCUGUUGCGGCAUUCAAGAGUACCAUUCGCAAGCAACAGUCGUCCCAGAAAACCAACGCACCUGGUCCAGGUUCCUACGAGCUGAUCAACAAGCCAUUGCGGAAUCUUGCCAAGAGAAGGUCCGAGUUCACCAGUGUCGUCCAGGCACCGCCGCGACCAUAUUCCGGCCACAAGGGCAUCGUGCCUGGUCCAGGCUUUUACGAGCUGGCAUCGGCAUCCGACGCCGUCCAGCACAAGGGCCCAGUCGCCAACCAUGUCUUUGCAUCAGCUUCGCCGCGCUUCCCAGUCAAUCCGAACGGCAGCAAGCCCGGUCCAGGAUUCUACCAGCCCGUUCCAGAACUCAAGUUCCGAUCAUUCCAUCUCAACAUCGAUGGAAUCUGGACAUGAGCCGGUGUGCUCCAGAUCUCUUCGUGGUUAUUGCAAACUAUUACAAAGGAAUCGUGUAUAAAUCUCUGGUCCAUCGGCCAAAUUGUGGAUUUGGUGAUGGGAAUUAUGGUCAGCCGUUCCCUCGG